AUGUCUGCUCCAGGACUGUACCAGGCGGCCGCUGGGCCUUCGUCGGUGCCCACUGCGCCCCCAUCCUAUGAAGAGACGGUGGCCAUUAACAGUUACUUCCCCACGCCUCCUGCACCCAUGCCUGGGCCAACCACGGGGCUUGUGACCGGCCCUGAUGGGAAGGGCAUGAACCCUCCUGCGUACUACACCCAGCCAGUGCCUGUCCCCAACGCCAAUGCAAUUGCUGUGCAGACGGUCUACGUGCAGCAGCCAGUCUCCUUUUUCGACCGCCCGGUCCAGAUGUGUUGCCCUUCCUGCAACAAGAUGAUUGUGACCCAGCUGUCCUAUAACGCCGGCGCCCUCACCUGGCUCUCCUGUGGGAGCCUGUGCCUGCUCGGAUGCAUAGCGGGCUGCUGCUUCAUCCCUUUCUGUGUGGACGCCCUGCAGGACGUGGACCACUACUGUCCCAACUGCAAAGCUCUCCUGGGCACCUACAAGCGUUUGUAGGACUCGACCAGACCUGGAGGGAACCGUGUGUGGCAGGAAGUCCUUUCCGACUCUCACCCAGCUCCACCCCUGCUGGAAGUCCCACCUUGGUGGUCUCAUCUCUCCAGCCGCUCCACUUUCGUGUCUUCUUUUGGGGGGAAAAUAUCGCAAAAGUAACACACUUCCCAUCCCCGGAAACUGCUGCUUGGAGUUGUGCACAGAACAUGCAAAGACAUUCACCUUGAGUGCCGGGUCAAGGGCUUCCCUCCCGUCGGCCUCGACCUGAGUCAUCCCAUCCAGCUGUGGUCGUUGCCUGUCCGAAUGUCUUCUGGUGAUUUGCCUUGCCAGCUCCUCCUCUUGCCUCAGUGCGCCUUCCCCGUGGUGGCUCAAACUGAGAAGCCACAGGUGGCCUUAUUUUUGAGACUGUUCUGGCCUGAACAUGGUUAAGCCAGCCUUUAGUGCUACCAUCACGGCCGUCUGCUGUCACGUCUGAUGACAACCAUCUCGCCUUCAGGCCUGGCUCUCAGACUCUGUAACUGCAGGCUUUUCACUAGCACAGAAAUUCACUUUAAUUUCUUACUUCACUUUUAAGUACACGGAGGGACUAUCCACAGCCCCUAGAGCCACACCCUGAGGUCAUAGUGCGCGCUAGACACAUAAGAGCUGGGUCCCAUCAUCUGUCCGGCUUCCCUCAGUUCUCGGUGCCAGGUCCUCAGCCGCUUCCCAUGAAGGGCUUUUUCUUGUGGAGAAACUAUUUGUAUUAACAGUUUUUUAUGGUCUUUUGGUUUUAAACACCUCUGAACAUCAUUUUGAAAGAAGGGAUUUAUAGAACCAUUUUCCAUAACCAUAUAAUUGGUAUCAUUUUCCCAUUUGCCAGGGCACUCUUUUAUAUAUUUGUUUUCCGUAAUAGAAAAAGUAAUGGAUAAUUGCAUCCACUGCCUUUGCUUGGGUUUAGUGUGGUUCUUACAAGUGUCUGUAACGGGACUCUGAAAGUGGGGCCCCUUUUGGGUUCCCAGUGGUAUGUUUGGAAAGAGAGAAAAGCAUGUGUGAGCACGUCCGGGCACCAUGGUGCUGAAAAGCUUGGGGACCUGAACUAUUUCAUAGGAAUCUAAAGUCUGAUUUUAUUUUUUAGAAAUAUAAUUUGUUAUAUAACAUGGGAGACAUGAUUUCUAGGACUCAAGCAGCUAGCCAUAGUUCUCGGUUGCUGCUGUGUCAUCUUUGAAAUCAAGACAAAGCUGGACUUGACUUCCCAGAGUCCCCAUUUUCAUAAUAAAUAGGUACAGGGAGUGCAUGUGAAUAAUAAUAUGUAGACACCAAGCCUAGUCCUUGAAUGAAAAUCUGUAUAUUGGCUGAAAUUUAGAGUUGUAACCAUUGAUUCAGCUUACUCUUUUGAUGUUUUGAAAGUUUCAGUAAUUAUUUUUGCAACAAAUAUGGAUACCACAUCGUACUUUGGUGUUUAUCUGCUUUUAAAAAAUAAAGUCUCUGGUUCAUUUGGCGAACUACUCAUCAAUUCUUACAGUGUGAAGAAAGGUCUCGUGUGUCCAGCCGUUGUUACAAUGAACCUUUAUUUGCUGCCUAACAGUAGAAAAUCCUUCCUGAUAAAAACUUCAGACUUACUGAAUGUCCGUCGGUGUCGAGAUGACGACGUGGAGUUGGGUGGAUUGCUAGUGAGUCAGAUUUGAACAUUAGGCUAUUGGAGCUCAGUAAGCGUCAUCGAUGGCAGCCGGCCACAGCUUUCAAGUUUUAAUAAAAUGCACAGAAGAAAGCCGGCCCCAUUCAUUGCCCGAACAAAACCUGCUUUGUUAAUUGAUCAGGGUGGUUGUGAGAUGCUAAAAGGAGAGCAUUGUGACUCACCAGGAAUAUGAAUGUCAUCCUCCCCUUUCCUACCUGGGGACAGAACUUUGGGAAGGUGCAGGAAAAUAAUGUCAUGUUGGUGUGGCUUACGUUGUCAUUUCAACCCAACCUUACGGUCCGUUUUAUAUUCGUUCUCAGGCUGUUACUAAUUACAUAUGCAAAAUUGUCAAAACAUGAGCCGUGUUUCAGGGACCAUAGGAUAUACUGUGGGCCUUUUAAAAUAAUGAUGUCAGGUGCCUGGAGACCCCCUCUUGAACCUGGGCUCACCUGAGCAUUUAUUGGACAUACCAUUAUAUUGCUCAAAGGUCGGGCUUACUCAUAUAUUUGUACCAAUUAAAGGCUCUUUCAUUCUGCCGCUGUUUGUUGGGGACUUUGGACUUAGUUUGUUGCAAACACUGAGUCACAUUCAAUUAAUAAAAGUACUUUUUAUAUCUACUUAGACCUCAAAGAAGAAUUUUACCAGUUUCCAACCCCCAAAUGGCUGUAUUUCUUUUAUACUUUUAGUCCAUCUAGAUGAGGUAACCUUUUCUAUAAGUGUUGGUUUGUGUCUUGUUAACAACUAUUCAGUUAUUGCAUCUAACUAAGCCAAUUUUCAGCACAUGACUGAUUGCUGGCUGGCCAAAGUGCUUCCCAUGAAAAUGAUUUUUCUGGGACAACUGACUUCCCUAAUGCCUAUGGAGAACACUUCUAAUAGGCACUAACUACUUAUAAACAUGGCUUCGUACAUGCAGACACAAUGUGGCCUUGGCUUUCUCCCCAGCGACAGCCUGUUGCGUUUGGGAUGUUAAAAUCCUUCUCUGACUUUCUGGGCUCAAAGACCUCCGUUAGGACUAAGUGUAGACCUUGGACUUUUACUUAUGAAAUUCUGAUUUGCAUUUUGAAGCCUAUUAAAGUUAUCCUGCAUUUAUGACU